AACAAAAAAGAAUACAACAAAAUAUGUUUACAAUUUUGCGAAUUUUAUUGCUUUGUGUGCAUUUGUUGCAUUUUAAAGCGACAUGCGGCGAGGAGGUGCCAACUCCAGUGGGUGAAUUAAAGUCAACAGCCGAAACAGGAGUAGCUAUUAAUGCCACCGAGCUGCUGGCGAAUGAUGGUUCACCUAGUUUAAACCGAAAGCAAAGACAACUUCUCUUCGAUCCCAAUUUGUUUCUACUCCAAGGUGGUUCUGGGGCUUGGGAGGGUUCCAAGUGUCUAACAACUCGUGGGCAAGUGGGAGUUUGUGUACGCAUUGCCAAUUGUCGUCAAUAUUAUCGAGUGGCUCGUCAAUUGACUUUCCUGGCAGUACGACAAUGGCCAUCGAAUGGUGGUGGAUUUGGUUUCGGUUUGGGUGCCGAUCUAUGCAAUUUUUUCGAUCAAUUUGGACGAAUCAAUAAUGGCAUUUGCUGUACGGAUAUUGAAGCGAAUUCUUUUGGAGUAUUUCCACUACCGCCCACGACAACAACAGAGAGACCUUCAACAGCGGCCAGUGAUGAGGUGGAGAAAGUGGAUGAGGUGGAAGAUGAACCAUCACAGGAGCCAGAGCAGGAGCCAGAACAGUCACCAGCAUCUGUCGAAGAUCCUAUUGAUAAUAUGAAUAGUGUAGAGGAUAUGCCAGAUUUUCAGGAUGUGAAUACAAUUGAAGCUAAUCUGCCAGAGCCAACGGCAACAGUCAGCCAACCAAUCACUCCUACCACCGUUUAUCCCUAUCAAUGGCCAUUUGGAAGUUUUGCUGGUGGUGUGGCUCAAUGGCCACCACCGAUACCUACUCAUCCGCCUAGCUCAGGUGGUUGGCCACCACCAUUGCCCACACAUCCACCCAAUCAUCAUUAUCCCACGCAUCCGGGAUCAAGUGGAACACCAACAACAAGACGUACCACAACCAGGCCUGUGGUUAGUAGACCAACCGCUAGCAGCACCACUCGUCGACCCAUAAUAUCGGCAAGCACAACAACAACAACACGUCGUCCUUCAAGCGGAUCCUCUGCGGAAGGAUUGCCCCUGCAAUGUGGUAACAAAAAUCCCGUAUCACCCGAUCAAGAGCGCAUUGUGGGCGGAACUAAUGCCAGCCCCUAUGAGUUCCCUUGGAUAGCUGUACUCUUUAAGUCAGGCAAACAAUUCUGCGGUGGAAGUUUAAUCACAAAUAAUCAUAUACUCACAGCUGCCCACUGUGUGGCUCGCAUGACAUCGUGGGAUGUGGCUGCUUUAACGGCACACUUGGGUGACUAUAAUAUACGUACGGACUUUGAAGUGCAACAUGUGGCAAGGCGAAUCAAACGUCUAGUGCGCCACAAGGGUUUCGAAUUCAGCACGUUGCACAAUGAUAUAGCCAUUUUAACGCUUAGCGAACCGGUGCCAUUUUCGCAUGAAAUUCAACCCAUUUGCUUGCCCACCUCAGCCGCUCAACAAUCACGUUCGUAUAGUGGACAAGUAGCCACAGUUGCCGGCUGGGGUAGUCUACGUGAAAAUGGUCCACAGCCAUCGAUUUUGCAAAAAGUAGAUAUACCCAUAUGGGCCAAUGCUGAGUGUGCUCGCAAGUAUGGACGAGCAGCACCUGGAGGCAUUAUUGAGUCCAUGAUUUGUGCUGGCCAGGCUGCCAAGGAUUCGUGCAGUGGAGAUUCUGGUGGCCCAAUGAUUGUCAGGGAUGAUGGUGGUCGCUACACUCAAGUGGGCAUUGUUUCCUGGGGCAUUGGCUGCGGCAAAGGACAAUAUCCCGGCGUUUAUACACGAGUCACAUCUCUGUUGCCAUGGAUCUAUAAAAAUAUCAAAUAACUUGUUAAAUGCGUGUAUAUUGAAAGUAUUUUUUGUGUGAUUAAAUCGCAUCUCUAAGACACUAAA